CAGUGGCGCUACUGAGCACAUGUCUACUAAAAUACAUGCGUAGUGAAGUAGUAAAGUUAAAUUUUAUAAUUACAUGGAUAUUUCGAUCUUCAAAUGAAUUUCAAUUACAUUAGUAUAGGAUUUAUUUAUUUUGUCUUAUUGAAACAAAGGGAGUAUUCUGUGGUGUCAGGAGAGGAGGAGUAUUUACCACACUCUCCAAAGGUUCCCUGUGAAAACUUGCCUCUUGAGUUUUUAAGUUGUGAUGAGCCAUUAGAUUUAGAAGGAAACACAACGGCUAAGGAAAUACUGGGCUAUGGGUGCACCAAAUUUGGUGGCCAGCGUUAUGAAGAUGUUGAGCAAACUCGGGUAAAUUGUACAGUUCUUCAUGGAAUAGAAUGUUAUGGGAACAAAUCAUUUUUAAAAGAUGGCUUUCCAUGUGUCAGGUACACAGGACACUACUUUACAACAACUCUACUGUAUUCAGUGUUGCUAGGAUUUCUUGGAAUGGAUCGAUUUUGUCUUGGACACACUGGCACUGCAGUGGGAAAACUGUUAACUUUAGGAGGGGUAGGCAUUUGGUGGAUUGUUGAUAUUGUUUUGUUGGUGACAGGAAAUCUGGUGCCGGAAGAUGGAAGUAAUUGGAUGCCUUAUGUAUAAUUUCUCUUAUCAUUAAAUUUUUUUUAUUGAAACAAAAACUUUGAGUGCUGCAUUAGUACUUGUAUAUGGAAUAUAUACAAUUAUGAUAAACAGAAUUGUAAAUUAAGAUCACUGCAAUGAAAUGAGUUGCCCUACUUUAUAUGACAUCAAACUGAAAAGUUACUAAAUAAUUUUUCAUAUUGUAGUAGCUAAGAUAUGAAGCUAUAUUUUGGUUAGGAUUUAAGCCUUAAUAGCUUAAAUUUACAGACUUCUGAUUUCAGAACACUGGUGUAAGUCAAAACUUUGGAUUCUGACCCUGAUUGUGGUAUAUUCCUUAAUGUUGUAUUUGUUAAGGAUCUAUAUAAGUUUAGAUGACCUGUUUAUUAUUCAAAAUUUUGAUGUAACAUUUUGGUAUAUUUGUGCAGUGUAUUAAUCACCUUCUUUAAUUUUCUUCUUUGCUUUUAAAAGAGGAGAAAAGGUAUGUGAAUAGUUAUUACAUAAAAAA